UUUUGUACCCCCACGAUGCGUAUAGUCGUAUAUAAACACACUCAAAAAAAAAAAUACUUUAGUGCGUUUUCAUAUAAAUCCAUACCUAUACUCGAAUGAAUUGUUUUACUAGGCGGUUCAUAAAAAAUCGAUUUUAUAGUAGGCAAUCGUAUGGUUUGUUAAAUAUCUAAUGAAUAGGUAUAUCGAUUUAAACUGCCACUAAAAAUAACACUUUAAUAGGCCCUAUUGUUAUUGUACACUAAAAUAUGUAAGAGUGAGUUAGUUGCACGUUUAAUGUAGAUGGAUCAUUAAAUGCCUAUUACGACUCUAUUAUAAUUUACUUAUAAAAUCGAAUCUAAUAAUAUAAGUAAUACUUAUCUUUUAAUUGUUUAAUUUUUGUUGUUGUUUUUUAUUUUUUUUUACCCCAUCGAAAAUGAAAUACGACGUGGUGUAUUAAAAAAAUAGGCACGCGUUUUAGUCUUCUAGAACAAUUUACAUCACGUAUUAAAUACAAUAUAUAUAUAUAACAUCUAUUCUACCGUUACCAUGGAUACUGUAAUACUUUUGGAUAUAAUGAUAUGAAACGUUUCGGCCGUUUCGGGGAUGGUAUAUCGUUUACUGUAACCUUAAUAUGUAUUUAGAUAUAUAGCGUGUUAUUCAACAGUAUAUUAUGUACCGUACAGUCAUCUUUUUGUAUGCAUACACUUACAUCAUUGGCUGUUUGGAGUGUGAAGUGUGAAGUGUGGGCAAGACGAAGAUCACUGUGUCGUCAGCGACCACCAAUAUGUCCAUGUUGUGGUAUAGUGUGUUUGCGGUAGUGCGUGCGCAACAUUGCGCUUGGCCUACUGACCUGUUUGCUCAGGACCUGCCGAGUGCCGACUUCAGUCUGAUUCUAGUCGCCGAACGUGACGCGCGAAUUGCGUGCAUUAUAUGUUGUGUCGUACUUCUCACCUCUCCCAGUGAACUAUUAUUAUUAUUAUUAAUUUAUUAUAUUAUUUAGUUUGUUUUCAUAUAUUAUUCAUAAAACAUUAUUAUUAUUAUUAAUAUUAUUGUUUUCCUAUACGAUUCUUAUUAGUAUUUUCAUUACAUUAACAUAUAUUCGCAUUUUAAUGUAACGAUGAGUUUUUUUGACUCGUCGAGCAGUGGAAAAUCAUGUCCUCUAUAAAACUGCAAAACAGCCUGUCUUUGAGUCCGUUUAAUUUCGAAAACGAUGCCGAUGAACCCUACGAACCGUCUUCUCCCGAUUCGCUGUGCAGCGUGUACUUAGACACGAACAAUUCUCGACUGGGUCCAUAUGAUCUCCAAGAGUCUAGGACUAAGAUGAGCGGCGGCGCAAGCCCAAGCUCUGCGUUGCCCAAAAAGAAGAAAAAAAGUGACGCUAAGGGUCAAUCUCAAAUAAACAAGUGCCGUAAUGAAAAACGUCGGCGAGAACAGGAAAACAUAUACAUCGAGGAGCUGGCCGAGUUGAUCUCAGCUAGUUUUGCGGACAUGAAUUCCUUGUCUGUAAAACCUGAUAAGUGCGCCAUUUUACAGGAAACUGUGAAACAGGUGCGAGCCGGGACUCAUAGACUUUCAUCUGAUCAAACAGAAAGUUUAAUUAGUACAGAAGCCGCUGUCCAACAAGGCGAAGUAUCUUCGUCAAAACCGACUAGAAUAUCAAAUACAGAAUUGGCACCUUUGUUACUUUCGGCAUUAGACGGGUUUUUAUUUGUUGUAAAUGCAGACAGUCAAAUAGAAUUUGUAACAGAAAAUAUACAACAAUUUCUACAUUAUAAUAAAGAAGAAUUACUUGGUAAGAGUGUUUAUAAUAUUAUUCACCACGGUGAUCACACCAAGUUUGGUGUUCUUUUAAACAACCCAUUGUUAAUCUACGAAUCAUCAAUUGGUUCUCUGGGCUCUAACGUACCAACCACUCCUCUUAUGGAGCAAUCGCCCUCUGGUUCCAAAGGGAACAAUUGGAAUCAGAGGUUUACUAAAAAAUUUAAUUGCCGGCUAUUAAUCAAACCCCAAUCUGAUCAAGAUCAAACUAUUGAAGAAAAACAGACAAGGGUUAGCCAGUACGAAACGUUACAGAUAUCGUCUACAAAAAUUAAUGGUGGUAUGGUCGAUGACGAAGAUAGUACAGAUGGCAUUAGCCAGAACUUGUUAUGCAUAGCACGGCGAGUGCCAUAUAAUGAAAAACAUUUAAGUCCACCUUUGGAACAGUUUACAAUUAAACUUGAUCAAAAUGGGAAGAUUUUAGCUUUGGAUACCAAAGAUGUAUCUGAUGUUUAUGCUCAACACAUAAAUAAGGAUUGUUUGGUGGGUAGAAUGUUACAUGACAAAUGUCAUAAAAAUGAUGUAAUAAAAGUGGCCAACCAUCUACAAGAAACACGUCGAGCCGGUUUUGGUACAAGUCCAGUUUAUAAGUUACAUUUAAUAGAAGAUAAAUAUGUAAAAGUUCAAACUAAAUCUAAGUAUUUCAAAAGUAACGAAAAUCAAGAAAUGGACUUUAUAAUGGCUGCGCAUUCAAUCAUUGUUGAUAGUGAAAUGUGUGCUAUGAUCGAGAACAACAGUGCUCGUGCAGCAGCAGCAGACCCAUUGAAUGCCUCAUUAAAUGGGACAGAUCCAUUACCAUUAAUGACUAAUAAUGUUGGAUCUAAUCAGUCUGUGUCAAUCAUGCAGUCUGAAUCUAAAUUUGGUAAUGACUAUAACAUGACUCCGUCAGCUGAUCUCAAUUUUUCCGAUUUCGGAUUAUUUCCAAGUACAACAUUUGGUGAUAUGUUGCAAGAAAAUAAGUGGUCUGAACCAUCUACAAACUCAGUUGAAGCACCAUCUAAAAUUACACCAGUACCUAGCCCAGCUACUGUGUCAUCCAAUCCACAUACUCCUGUGGCACAAUCACAAUACACUUCAUUCCCUUUCAGUCCACUCAUACCAUCACCAAAAGACUCUUAUGACUCUUGUGGAAGUGUGGAUAGAAUGGAAUCAGCUCGGCUGCGAACAUUAUUAAUGAAACGAACUGAUGGAUCAGCUGAAGAAAACAAUGUAUCAAAGAACAAACAUAAUAUAUUAAAAGGAUUAUUGAAUCCAGAUGAUAUGGCUUCCCAAAGUGCAGAUGACGAGUCUACUAAUCAUAGCACUCCACCAAGUCCUGCUAAUGUACGGCAAGCAUCUCGCAGUAAUUCUACCAUGAAUGAAGCUCCAUCAACUCCAAAUAAUGCUACUACCAGCAAUAAUAAUAACAAUAUGUUGCUUAAGUUAUUAAAUGACAAAAGCGAAGAUGAAGACAUUGAAGCUCGAGCAGGGCUUAAAAAACAAAAUGAUCUUCUUCAGCAAUUACUAAAAGAUGAUGAUAAUGUUAGGCAGCAUGGAAUCAUGCUUGAGCAAAACGAUCAACAUUCGAAUGAGGACUUAAUACUGAAUAGUAUGGGUUUUCGUAUUUUGUCCCCUACUUCACCAGAUAGUCAUAACCAUGGUCGUAAACGAAAUAGUAUAAGUGCUGACGAUGAAAAUGAUCAUCCUCCGUUGAAACGUACCAAUAGCUCAGGUGGAAAUUCAGGUCCUUCAGUUCUUGAAUCUAUGCCUAGCCCUAGUGGCUCUCAGGUCCAAGUUACCAAUAGUAAAUUACGUGAGCGAAACAAAAUGCUUGCUUCAUUGUUAGCCAAAGAUCCUCCUCCCACUGCUAUUCCAGCAAUACCAGCUUCUGUCAUAUCAGCUACACCUCAAGACAAAUUAGUUACGAUUAUAAAACAUCAGCAACAACAACAGCAGCAGCAACAACAGUCUGCUAGCGGCUGGAACAUGAACAGUGGACAACAUCCAAUGACUUCGUCAAAUGUGCAACAAAAUCAACUUCAUAGUCACCAAAGGAUUUUACUGCAAAAAAGUGGUAAUAACUUGUACCUAAAUCAUAUGCUGGAUCAACCACAGGCUAACCAAAGUCAAAACCAAAUUCAAAUACAACAAAUGCGACAAGUUACCUCCUCAGCUAUUAGUGGCUAUAGUUCUCUAUUAAGUAAUAUAGCUGAAUCAAAUAGUAACAACUUACCAUUUAAUUCGGAUCCAGAAUUAUCAGAACUUUUAGAAGAAGUCAUGGAUAUCAUGAAUGUUACUUCAGAAACACCAAGUGCCCCCAAUCCUGUUGGACAAAACACUACCAACCAAAAUUCUUACAAUUCAUUAAUGAAUGAAAAAAUGGCUGUAAAUGCUAUUCAAAAAUCUUUAAUGCAAGUUGAAUCUACAGUCAAAUCGCCUUCACCGUUGAACUAUGGUUCUCCCAGUGGAAGCAAUCAUCAUGCACAAAACCAAUUUAUUCCACCUCCAGCAUAUCAACCUCAGCAAAAAAACACUGUCAGAUUUAAUCCACAGCAAUCUCCUAGGCCACCAUAUCCUAAGAAUGUUCAAACUCCACCUUUGCAACAACAGCAGUUAAUAUUGCAGCAACAACAGCAACAAAAACAAAGGUUAAUUCAGCAACAACAACAAAAGCAAAGACUUUUGCAGCAACAACAACAACAAAAAAUAAUGGUUGUUACAACAAAUGCUGCAACUUUACCAGCCCCAGAUCCUACUACUGCUUUACAAACUAUUGAUUCAUUGUUAAAUAAUACCGGUCCACCUAAUGUUGCGUUACAACGUUCCUCAAGUGUACCUGAUUCACAAUCUCAACUAAGUCCAGUUUAUGCUGCGCCUUGCAGUGUGUUGCUCAAUUCAUCUCAGAUCUCACCUUCAUCUAACCGACAACCCCCAUAUUCUACUCUUACACAACAGUCUUUCCCUAUUUUAAAUUAUGGAACUACUACACAAACUCAAACCACUACACAAGCGCAACAAAUUGUUCAACAGACCACAUCAAGAAUGUCUCCAUCAUCACAUUCACAAUAUCAAAAUCCUAUCAACCCUUGUGUUAGCCAACAACAGCAAACACCAAAUAUUUAUAUUAGCCAAACACAACAACCUGGGGUGUGGACUCAACAAAGAUUGACAUUACACCAACAACAGAAUCCUAUGCUUAACGCUCAACUACAGAUCACGGGUGGUUUCAAUAACAAUUCUGUUAGGCAAAAUUUUAUUAAUCAACAGCAACUAAGUCACGGGAAUGCCACUCGUGUGUUAACAACUCCUGUAGGUUAUAAUACUGAAGUACCGCCCAAUACCAAUUGUCAACCACAGCAACAGCAGCAGCAGCAAUACCGGUCACCUAGAAAUAUAAAUAUGACAACUACUAAUUCACAAAUCCAGGGUGGGAAUAAUGGUGUCACAGAAUUUACUAGAAAUGAAUUGCGGGCAUUUGUAGGUGUUCGUAGUCAACAACAGGGAGUAACUCGAUUAUCUAAUCAAUUAUUACCUGGACAAAAUGUUAAUUCUGCAGAACUCGAUCCGUUGGGUUUAAGUUUUGAAAUGUCUCCUACAGGUGGUAAUGAAAGUCCCAAGUGGUCUAAUUUAAAUUCAGAUUUAAGUUCAUCCUCACCACAGCCCCAGGGAAUGCCUGCAAGGAAUUCAAUAAAUGACUCUUCUUCAAGAACUAGUAGUGCAAAUUCAACCACUAAUGUAACUGAUCAAAAAUCAUCUUCUCUUCUGCAAAAACUGCUUUCGGAAUAAAUACUUGUUUUACCUUAUGUAAAAGCUGGUUACAUUUUGGGUUGAAUUGUUUUAGAUAUUAUUAUUAUUAUUACUUUUUUUUUUUUAAUAUUAUAUAUUUAGUUUUUUAUUUACUUAUUUAAUUUAGUUGUAAAAAAAAAACAAUUUGGAAUUUUAACAAUUUAACUAUGUACAAACCUACCUACUUUACUUAAAUAGGUGUACAUAAUAUUUUUAGAGUAUAGGCUUUAAUGUUACAUGUUGUUUUAUUUAUUAAUAAGGAUAAGUUAUUAAUCAUUGUUUUGUUUUACUUGCCAAUGU